GGGUGGAAAACGCAAACAAAAAGGUGUACUAAAAAUGUCCAGAUUGUUGACGACCUAGUCAUUUGAAAUACAUGUGCCUGGUUGUGUUCUGUCUUAAUGAAAGACCAGUCACCAGGUAUCACAAUCCCAGAUGGAUUCACAGAUUCAAGACUCGCCAUCUUCUGGCAGGAAGCAAUUACCCAGCAUUCCGUCUGAUCCUCGAAUGAACCAUUCGCAGCUCAAGUCGCCUGCUAAUCUUGGUGCUAAUGGAUACGGCACAUACUUCCAGGAGUAUUCCUUGAUGGCAGAAUACAACCAGCUUCAUCGUCAGAAGAUGCCGGGUGUUUAUGUCAUUCCAUCUGCUCACUGCUCUCACAUUUGGAAUGGCGUGUUGUUCAUCAGACAAGGAUUAUACCAAGAAGGAGUCUUCCGCUUUACUCUGACCAUUCCAGACAACUACCCAGACAGCGAAUGUCCUAGUUUAGUAUUUGAGUACCCUAUAUUUCACCCUGUGGUUCACCCUAAAACGGGGGAAGUGGAUGUGAAGAGAGCCUUUCCCAGGUGGAGAAGGAACAACAACCAUUUGUGGCAGGUGUUACUGUAUGCAAGAAGGAUAUUUUACAAGAUAGAAAUAAAAGACCCAUUGAACGAAGAAGCUGCAGAUCUCUACCUACAAGAUUUAGAAAAGUUCAAGAAGAAAGUAAGCGAAUCUGUGAAGUCAGCUAAAACACAAGCUUUAGAACCUCCCAAAUCAGAUGACCCUUUUGCCAUAAGAUUCAAUGAAAUGGAUCCAGCACUCUUUGAACAAGCUAAGCAGGACAUGUUGAAUUCAAAGGCUAAUGAUUCCAAAACUAAAAACCAACAAAAAUCUGUUUUUGACAAAUCUACACAAGUUGGCCUUCGUGCAUGUGCGUGGAAAAUAAAGGUUUUUAGAAGAAAAAAAUAUCUGAGAAAACUCCAGCUGAAGACCAGCGCUCGAAUCCGUCAUCUCUCGGUCUGUCAUGGAUGUUGCCAGGAUCAGCAGAGAUAUUUUCAGCAGAAGACGCUAGCAUGUCAUAGCAUACAGCUUUUAUAGUCACACUGCCAUCGACAUAGGUGGAAAUACCUAGUGGAAAUAUCUCUUAAGAAAUAUGUGAUUUGAUCGAAAACAAAACCAAGGAUUGUGAAACAAACCAUUAUUAUGCACUGAAUCUUGUUAAUAUGGGGGUUUUUUUCAUAUGGACAGAGUAUGCUGUAAAAGAUUGAACCAUUCUAUGAAUGGGAAAUAUUUCUUGAUAAUAUGGUUUCACCACAAUGAAACAAAGGAUUGUGAAUAGAAAAUAAUAUAUUUCUUGUAUUAGUCUGUUCUUUCUUAAAAGAAUGAUGGAAUAAACAUUAGUGGUCCUGGGACACGCUAACCAGUGACAGUAUAAUAAAUGUUUAUUUAUGGAAAUAAAUUCCAGACUGGAUUUAAGCCAGUGUGAGACGUAGCCCAGUGGUAAAGUGCUCGCUUGAUGCAUGGUUGGACUGGGAUCGAUCCUCAUCUGUGGGGC